AUGUUGAUUCGCUUCCAGGAGACGAGUGGAACCAAUUGUGUGAGGGUUACUAUCGGAGGUCAAACAGAUACUCUGUGUCCAAAAGGUUCCACGACUGCAUUCUCAUCCAUGUCAGCGAUUGAUGUGAGUGCGGACACCGUCACGACUACUACUACUGCUGCUCCAACCACAGUUACACCUACAAGUACAGAAGCUCCACCUCAAAUGCCAUCAGGGGAUGACGGGAAAAAGGGUAAAGGUACGGAAACCGACCAAGAAAAAUCGAAUGAAAUGAAAAAAGGAGAAAAAGAAAACUCAGAGACAGAAGGAGCGGCAUCCGUAGAAAAGUCACCGCGGGCAGCUGCUGUUGCUGGAGCUAGUCGCCUAAUGAGGCCAGCCAGAGAAGCACCAACCAGCGCUGGUUCUGACGACGUAAUUGUGUAUUACAUGUUGGAAAUAUGUGUGGACCUUGCGAAUCAGCUUAAGUCCGAGCGUAAGCAAGCUAAAAUACUUCACGAUUGGGGCUUUUCAAAAAUAGCGUUCGUUAUCCACGGAGUAUUUGGAAACACGCCAUUGGAUUCUGAAGAAGAGCACACCGGAUCAAAUCAUCCCGGGAUUGCCGCGAGCCAACUAAACCGUCAUGUUGAAUCUGAAUUAAAAGCCAUCGAUGAUACUGAUCAAAAUUAA